CUAAACACCUAAGGGCGAAACACAAACAAGGCUUCUACAAACCCUUCAAUGGAAGCACAUCUCCAGCUCUAUGAAAUAAUGCUUGCAGCUACCAAGCCCAUGGCUCUUCAAGCUGCUGUUGUACUCAACAUCCCUGACAUUAUUGCCAUCUAUGGCAAUGAAAAUCUUCUUUCUGUGGAGGAAAUUGCUUCCUAUAUUUCUGCCCACAGCAGAAAAUCUGCCCAAACAGAUUACCUGGCCAGAAUUAUGAGAUUUUUGGCUUGCAUUGGUGUCUUCACGGAAGAGACCACGGUGGUUAAUGGCGCCUCUAGCCAGUUCAAAUACGGCCUGACCAGCGUAUCAAGAUUGCUGAUAAAGAAAGACAACUACCAUUCCUUGUCACCAGUACUAUUUGUUUUGAAUAACAAGAUAGUGCUUGAUGCUUACCAGCAUCUUCAUGAAUCUGUCAUAGAAGGCUGCUAUGCGUUCAACAAAGCCCAUGGAAUGGAUCUCUGGGAUUAUGGGCACAAAUAUCCUGAUGCCAACAGGGUUUUAAAUGAGGGCUUGGCAAAUCAUACUCAAGAUAUCUUGCCGUCACUGGUUAAGAUAUACGAUGGAUUUAAGAGUGUGAAGACUCUGGUGGAUGUUGGAGGAGGAAUAGGCUCUUCUUUGUCCACAAUCAUCAAAGAAUACCCACAUAUUCAUGGCAUUAAUUUUGAUCUCCCUCAUGUCAUAAAGACUGCUCCACCUAUACACGGAGUGGAGCAUAUGGGUGGUAAUAUGUUCGAUCAAAUUCCUUGUGCAGAUGGACUUUUCAUGAAGUGUAUUUUACAUGACUGGAACGAUGAGCAGUGUGUGAAACUCUUGAAAAAGAGCUACGAAGCAAUUCCAGAGAACGGAAAGCUGUUAAUUGUUGAGAUAAUUGUUGAGGAAAAUGAAGAAGCUACCAGACAAUUAGGGCUUAUGCAUGACGUGUUAAUGAUGGGUUAUACCAGUGGCGGAAGAGAGAGGACAGAAGAAGAGUUUAAAACUUUAUUUGAGAAAUCGGGGUUUAAAAGCUACACCAUUAUAAGAUUGCCAUCACUCUAUGCGCUAAUCGAAGUCUUUAACCAUUAGCUUCGAAUCAAAAUUAGGUGUUUGUUUACGUUUCUUUGGCAAUUGUGGUUUGGCAGUUAGUUUAAGUUAUGUAUUUCGGUUCUGGAUCCAUGAGUUUGGAUCAAUGUAAUCUGAAAGUUGUAAUAGAAUAACAUAUGCCGAAAUGAUUGUCGUCAUCCUGUUAAAUCCAGAGUUCCCAAUAAUUCGAUUUUGUGAAUUUUUAUUUUU